GCGAGGCUUUGGAUAUUGGUGAAGUGGAAAACAUGCAAAAUGGAGAUAUUAGUACGGUUCUGGAGGAAGAGGACGUGAACAUAGAAACUGAGGAGGGUGGGUGGGAUCUUGAGGAUCUGGAUCUCCCUCCGGAUACUGACACCCCAAAGACGGCUCCAAAUGCACGUUCUUCUGUAUUUAUCGCUCCUAACCCUGGGAUGCCUGUAAGCCAGAUUUGGGUCCAAAAAUCGUCUCUUGCUGCUGAACACGCAGCGGCUGGAAACUAUGACACAGCAAUGCGUUUAUUGAACCGUCAAUUAGGGAUUAAGAACUUCUCUCCUUUGAGACCACUGUUUAUGGAUCUUCACAUGGGCAGUCACGCCUAUCUACGUGCCUUGUCCCUGUCCCCAGUGAUAUCUUUAGCAGUUGAGAGGGGUUGGAGCGAGUCAGCAAGUCCAAAUGUGCGGGGACCACCUGCACUCGUGUUCAAUUUCUCUCAGUUGGAAGAGAAGCUUUCGGCUGGCUACAAGUCGACUACUUCUGGAAAAUUUUCUGAAGCCCUUCGACAUUUCUUGGCUAUUCUUCAGACAAUUCCAUUUAUUGUGGUUGAGACACGAAGAGAGGUGGAUGAAGUUAAAGAGUUGAUUAUCAUCGUGAAGGAAUAUGUUCUGGGUUUACAGAUGGAACUUAAGAGGAAGGAAUUGACUGACAAUCCAGCUCGUCAGCAGGAAUUGGCAGCUUAUUUUACCCAUUGCAAGCUCCAACUUCCUCACCGGAGACUUGCACUGCUGAAUGCCAUGUCUGUUUGCUUUAAAGCACAAAACCUGAGUACUGCGGCCCAUUUUGCCAGGGAACUUCUGGAGACCAAUCCAACUGCCGAAACCCAGGCCAAGAAAGCCCGUCAAGUUCUGCAGGCGGCUGAGAAGAAUAUGAGAGAUGUUACACCACUAAAUUAUGACUUCAGAAAUCCUUUUGUGAUAUGUGGCUCCACAUACACCCCAAUAUACCGGGGUCAGAGAGAUGUGACUUGCCCUUACUGCAGUACACAUUUUGUUCCAUCACAACAGGGAGAACUUUGUACAGUUUGUGACCUUGCUGAGGUAGGCGCUGAUACUUCUGGUUUACUCUGUUCGCCAUUGCAGAUCAGAUGAUUAGCCUUCUUGCCAUGACAAGUUCGUGGCUUUUUAUUAGCAAACACAAGUUGAGUCGGUGGGCGGUUUUCAUCUCACAAACAAAAAGGUAGGAUUAUCAAACGACGAUGAGGUUUCAUCGCAUUAUUUCUAUGAUCUAUGUGUUUUGAUUUUGCAAUCAGUUUUCUCAAACUCCCUCCCACAUUCUUUCUUUUUACUUCCAUGUUCACGACUUUCUUUGUAAUAAUGUAUGUAAGAUUUUUGACUUUAGCCAUUGUUAUGAUGCUCAAGGAUUUAGCGUACCUGUGCAGUGGUAAACUAUAUUGCCUGCUUUUAGCCGAGUGAUCUUGAAUUUUAGUUUUACAGAUGUAACAGACAUUUUGCCUACUAAGUUUACUUAUUGUGCAAAGAUUUGCGUUUU